GUUGCCUUGCGAAAGAGAUACAAAAUGGCUUACAGCGUGACUCUGAAUGGACCUGGACCAUGGGGUUUCCGACUGCAAGGGGGCAAGGACUUCAACAUGCCCUUGACCAUCUCCAGAAUCACUCCUGGCAGCAAGGCAGCACAGUCACAGAUGAACCAAGGGGACCUUGUGGUAGCCAUUGAUGGAGUCAACACUGACAGCAUGACCCACUUAGAGGCCCAGAACAAGAUCAAGUCAGCCAGCCACAACUUGAGCCUCACUCUUCAGAAAUCUAAACGUCCAGUACCAGUUUCAACCACAGCGCCCAGAAUUGACUCUCCCAGGGCUGUAAUUCCCCACCAGAAGGUCAUAACCAACACUGCUGCCAACACGGAGUUCACGGAGCGUUUCAACCCCAAUGUUCUGAAGGACUCUGCCCUGUCUACACACAAACCCAUUGAGGUGAAAGGCCUAGGUGGCAAGGCUACUAUAAUUCACGCCCAGUAUAACACCCCGAUCAGCAUGUAUUCCCAAGAUGCUAUCAUGGAUGCAAUUGCAGGCCAGGCACAAGCCCAGGGUGGAGAAUUUGCUAGUACCCUUCCUCUUAAAGAUCCUCACGUAGACAGUGCCUCUCCGGUGUAUCAGGCUGUGCUUAAAACUCAGAACAAGCCUGAAGAUGAAACCGAAGACUGGAGCCGCCGUUCUGCCAAUCUGCAGUCUAGGUCUUUCCGUAUCCUUGCCCAGAUGACUGGAACGGAGUACAUGCAAGAUCCAGAUGAAGAAGCCCUGAGGAGGUCAAGGCCUGCAGCUACUGCACAUGCGCCACAGUGUUCAUAUACACCAACACCGGUUUCUGGAAGCUAUGGUGAAAGUCCUGCUGCUUCUGCUACUUCAAAACCAAGAGUUAUUACUACUGCCAGCAUAAAGCCCUCUGUCUACCAGCCAGCACCAGCACCAGUUCAUUCCUACACCCCUGCCAACGCUGAGCCUGCAAGUCGCCCUCCCUGGGUAACAGAUGACUCCUUUUCCCAGAAAUUUGCACCCGGAAAAACCACCACCACUGUCACAAAGCACAUCCUACCAAGGGGUGCUCCAGUACCAGCUCCUGCCUCAACUCCUGCUUACCCAUCUCCAGUUUCAACUUCUUCCCAGGCUCCUGCAAUAGCCCGGGGAACAGUUCAGAGGGCUGAGCGUUUUCCAGCCAGCAGCCGGACUCCGCUCUGUGGGCACUGUAACAGCAUAAUUCGGGGUCCUUUCCUGGUAGCCAUGGGUCGCUCUUGGCACCCAGAAGAAUUCAACUGUGCUUACUGCAAGAAAUCUUUGGCCGAUAUGUGCUUUGUGGAAGAGCAGAAUAGUGUGUACUGUGAGCGCUGUUAUGAACAGUUCUUUGCACCAACCUGUGCCAGAUGCCACACUAAGAUCAUGGGGGAAGUGAUGCAUGCCUUAAAACAGACUUGGCACACAACUUGCUUUGUUUGUGCUGCUUGUAAGAUGCCAUUUGGGAAUAGCCUCUUUCACAUGGAGGAUGGUGAACCUUACUGUGAGAAAGAUUAUAUUGCUUUGUUCAGCACAAAAUGCCAUGGCUGUGAUUUUCCUGUUGAAGCUGGAGAUAAAUUCAUUGAAGCCCUGGGACACACUUGGCAUGAUACCUGCUUCAUUUGUGCUGUAUGUCAUGUGAAUUUGGAAGGUCAGCCAUUCUACUCCAAGAAGGAUAAGCCACUGUGCAAGAAGCAUGCCCAUGCCAUCAAUGUUUAAAAGAAGAGUUGGUAGUCAGUUAUGCUGGGGAAAAACAGAUGACUAACUGGGCAAUUAUAAAGUUGAUAACCAUGGCUAGCAUUUCUCUUGGUAAAAGCUAGGAAGUUGAUACUUCUGAAGUUUUAACUUCAACCUCUUUUGUAAAUGCAGAACAUGCUUUUGCAAGGUUCAUACAAAAACCUACUGAAUGAACAGUCAAAGCAAAUGAACUAGUCCAUUAUUAGAGCAACAGCUGGGGAAAAUACUGAAAUUCACUAAAAACUGUAAUAUAAAAAGUAAUGCACAAAUACAGUUUCAAAUUAACUACCCACAGCAGUUUUACUACUUAGACCACACACUGAUGUUUAAAAACAACUGAAAAAGUC